AUGACUCCAGAAAUGUCGCUUUAUCAAGGUCACCUUUCUGACACAUUCUUCCACCCCGUUAUGUUUCCCCCCCUCCAGGCCAUUAAGGUGAUCAUGCUUGCUCAGGAGGAGGCGCGUCGUCUGGGCCACAACUUCGUCGGCACGGAGCAGAUCCUCCUGGGUCUCAUCGGCGAGGGCACGGGCAUCGCUGCCAAGGUGCUCAAGUCGCUGGGCGUGAACCUCAAGGAGGCGCGCGUUGAGGUCGAGAAGAUCAUCGGCCGCGGGUCUGGCUUCGUCGCUGUGGAGAUUCCGUUCACCCCGCGUGCCAAGCGCGUGCUCGAGCUCUCGCUGGAGGAGGCGCGUCAACUUGGCCACAACUACAUCGGCACGGAGCAUCUUCUGCUCGGUCUCCUUCGCGAGGGCGAGGGCGUCGCUGCUCGCGUCUUUGAGAACCUCGGUGCCGACGCCGGCAACAUUCGCUCCCAGGUGAUCCGCAUGGUGGGCGAGAGCGCGGAGGCCGUGGGUGCCGGAGUGGGCGGCGGCAGCAGCAACUCGAAGAUGCCCACGCUCGAGGAGUACGGCACCAACCUCACCAAGCUCGCCGAGGAAGGCAAGCUGGACCCGGUGGUGGGGCGCGUGUCGCAGAUCGAGCGUGUGACGCAGAUCCUGGGUCGCCGCACGAAGAACAACCCCUGCCUCAUCGGCGAGCCCGGAGUCGGCAAGACCGCCAUCGCCGAGGGCCUCGCGCAGCGCAUUGCUGGCGGCGAUGUUCCCGAGACGCUGGAGGGCAAGAAGGUAAGGUUUGAGUGGCCGUCGCUGUCCGAUGUCGUGACCCUGGACAUGGGUCUGCUUGUAGCGGGGACGAAGUACCGUGGAGAGUUCGAGGAGCGGCUGAAGAAGCUGAUGGACGAGAUCAAGCAGGCGGACGACAUCAUUCUCUUCAUCGACGAGGUCCACACGCUCAUCGGCGCGGGAGCCGCGGAGGGCGCCAUCGACGCCGCCAACAUCCUCAAGCCCGCCAUGGCUCGCGGCGAGCUGCAGUGCAUCGGCGCGACGACGAUCGACGAGUACCGCAAGCACAUUGAGAAGGACCCCGCUCUCGAGCGUCGUUUCCAGCCCGUGCAGAUGUUCCUCAUUCAUCCCUCCCGGGGCCAUUGCUUCCCGCUCCCUCCCCGCUUCCAUCUUGCCCUCCUCCUUCCCUCCUCUCCCCCCACGCACCAGGUGCCGGAGCCCACGGUGGAGGAGACGAUUCUGAUCCUGCAGGGUCUGCGCGAGCGCUACGAGAUUCACCACAAGCUGCGCUACACGGACGAGGCUCUCGCGGCCGCCGCGCAGCUGUCGUACCAGUACAUCAGCGACCGCUUCCUGCCCGACAAGGCCAUUGACCUGAUCGACGAGGCCGGGUCGAGGGUGCGCCUGCGCCACGCGCAGAUGCCCGAGGAGGCCAAGGAGCUCGACAAGCAGCUCAGGCAGAUCACCAAGGACAAGAACGAGGCCGUCCGCAACCAGGACUUUGAGAAGGCGGGCGAGCUGCGUGACCAGGAGAUGGACCUGAAGACGCAGAUCAGCGCCAUCAUGGAGAAGACCAAGGAGCAGAGCAAGGCGGAGGUGGAGGCGUCAGGGGGCGCGGGUGGGCCAGUGGUGACGGAGGCGGACAUCCACCAGAUCGUGGGCGCGUGGACGGGCAUCCCCGUGGACAAGGUGUCGAGCGACGAGAGCAGCCGCCUGCUCAAGAUGGAGGAGACGCUGCACAACCGCGUCAUUGGCCAGGACGAGGCCGUCAAGGCCAUCAGUCGCGCCAUCCGUCGUGCGCGUGUGGGGCUGAAGAACCCCAACCGCCCCAUUGCCAGCUUCAUCUUCUCGGGUCCCACGGGUGUCGGCAAGUCCGAGCUCGCCAAGUCCCUCGCCUCCUACUACUUCGGUUCCGAGGAGGCCAUGGUGCGGCUGGACAUGUCGGAGUUCAUGGAGCACCACACAGCCAUGGUGCGGCUGGACAUGUCGGAGUUCAUGGAGCGCCACACGGUGUCCAAGCUCAUUGGUUCGCCCCCCGGUUACGUGGGGUACAGCGAGGGAGGGCAGCUCACGGAGGCUGUGAGGCGGCGGCCGUACACGGUGGUGCUGUUUGACGAGAUUGAGAAGGCCCACCCUGACGUCUUCAACAUGAUGCUCCAGAUUCUGGAGGACGGGCGGUUGACGGACAGCAAGGGGCGCACGGUGGAUUUCAAGAACACGCUGCUCAUCAUGACCUCCAACGUCGGCUCCUCCGUCAUUGAGAAGGGCGGCGGAGGCAUUGGCUUCCAGCUGGACUACGGGGAGAAGGACACGAGCUACAACCGCAUCAAGUCGCUGGUGAACGAGGAGCUGAAGCAGUACUUCCGCCCCGAGUUCCUGAACCGGCUGGACGAGAUCAUUGUGUUCCGCCAGCUCACCAAGCAGGAGGUCAAGGAGAUCAGCAACAUCAUGCUCAAGGAGGUGUUCGACCGCCUUACCAAGAAGGACAUUGACCUCCAGGUGACGGAGAGGUUCAGGGACCGGGUGGUGGAUGAGGGCUACAGCCCCAGCUACGGUGCCAGGCCGCUGCGACGAGCCAUCAUGAGGCUGCUGGAGGACAGGAGUGCACCUGCGGCACUGGAUGCUCCUGCGCUACUGGCGGGGCCUCGUGCGGAUGCGGAGCUGGAUGCAAGGCCGGACCUAGCUGUUCCUGCAAGGGCGGUGCUUCCUGCGCGUGCGGCGAGACUUGCGCGUGCGACUCCUGCUCCUGCGGGGAAGGGUGCUCCUGCAAGACCCGCGCUUGCGCAUCUGGCGGCGCCUGCACUUGCGGCGACGGAUGCGGCUGCGGCGCAGGGUGCAGCUGCAAGAAGCCUUAAGGAGUCCGCUCGAGGUCUGAAGAGUUAG